AGAGCCUCGGUCAUCAGGAAGGAGAACUGGUGAGACAGAAGAGGAGAGCAUGAGACCAACCUUAACCGGUCAUGCUUCUGAGAAGCAUCCACCCACUCCUGGACUGAAGGGCUGGCGGGUAGGCAAGGAGACAGGUUUACUUACAGCCAGAGACAUGAGGACAGGGUGCCAGGAGAACAGGCCUGAAACAAGAGGAAGGACAACCUGGGAAACCAUCGCAGCCUGAUGAGGGAGUCGCCGGGACUAGCUUUGGAGUCGGCGUGCGCAGGCGCCGGCCCGAUUUGGCCGGGGCGGGGGCGGAAUGGAGGAAGGGAGCUGUUAGCACUGCGCAGGUGCGGCGGGUUGGGGAGGAGGUGCUACGCCUGCUGCCCUGGAUCAGGUGGCCCAGCAGAUCGCCGGAGUCUCCUUGUAGUCGUCUUCCUCGGUGAGCAUGGGGAGCAGCAGCAGGAUCGAAUGCAUCUUCUUCAGCGAGUUCCACCCCACUCUGGGCCCCAAAAUCACAUACCAGGUCCCAGAGGACUUCAUUUCUCGGGAGCUGUUUGACACCGUGCAGGUGUAUAUUAUCACCAAACCUGAACUACAGAACAAGCUCAUCACUGUGACGGCAAUGGAGAAGAAGCUGAUUGGCUGCCCAGUGUGCAUUGAGCACAAGAAGUACAGCCGUAAUGCCCUGCUCUUUAACCUGGGAUUUGUCUGUGAUGCCCGCGCCAAGACCUGUGCUCUGGAGCCCAUUGUCAAGAAGCUGGCUGGUUACCUCACCACUCUGGAGCUGGAAAGCAGUUUCAUCUCCACAGAAGAAAGCAAGCAGAAGCUGAUCCCCAUCAUGACCAUCUUACUGGAAGAGUUAAAUGCCACUGGAAAGUGCACCUUGCCAAUCGAUGAGUCGAACACUAUCCACCUGAAGGUGAUUGAACAGCGGCCCGACCCCCCAAUCGCCCAGGAGUAUGAUGUGCCUGUCUUCACCAAGGACAAAGAUGACUUUUUCAACUCUCAGUGGGACCUCACCACUCAACAGAUCCUGCCGUACAUUGACGGCUUCCGGCAUAUCCAGAAGAUCUCAGCUGAGGCCGACGUGGAGCUCAACCUGGUGCGGAUUGCCAUCCAGAAUUUACUGUACUACGGUGUGGUGACGUUGGUGUCCAUAUUGCAGUACUCCAACGUAUACUGCCCCACCCCCAAGGUCCAGGACCUAGUGGAUGACAAGAUCCUCCAGGAGGAGUGUCUGGCAUACGUCACCAAGCAAGGACACAAGCGUGCCAGUCUGCGAGAUGUCUUCCAGCUGUACUGCGGGCUCAGCCCUGGUACCACUGUGCGUGACCUCAUUUCCCGCUACACCCAACAGCUGCAGCACGUGGACGAGAGGAAACUGAUCCAGUUUGGGCUGAUGAAGAAUCUGAUGCGGAGGCUGCAGAAGUACCCGGUGAAGAUUAUGCAGGAGGAGAGGAGCCACCCGGCCCGUCUCUACACGGGUUGCCACAGCUACGAUGAGAUCUGCUGCAAAACGGGAAUGAGCUACCGAGAACUAGAUGAGCGGCUGGAGAAUGACCCCAACAUCAUUGUCUGCUGGAAGUGAUGCUCCCAGGCUGGAGCAGAGAUACCCCCCCCUCCCCUGGACAGCUGGGCCAAGCUGAGGGGUGGGCCUGGCCGAGUCCAGGGAAUUAAGCAGGUGGCAGAGAAUGGUGGGACUUGGGGGUGAAAGCCAAGCCCCGCCACCCUCCCCCA